CCGGUGAGUAGUAGGGCGGGGUUGCAAGGCUGCGCCGUCGACGGCCACCGCGGGGCGGUGGACAAACGCGGGCCUGGCGGAUCGCAGCAGCCCUCGGAGACCGCGAGGGGACCGGGAGCCGCUGGGACCCCGGCUGCGCGCCCCUCGGCCCGGCCGGGAGUCGCGCCAGUCGGAGCCCCUGGCCGAGCGCGGCUCGCCUCCCUCUCAGCGUUCCUCUGUCCGCAGUGCAGCCAGCGGGUAUGACCGAUCCACCAGGGGCGCCGCCGCCGCCGGCGCUUGCAUGCCGCGGAUGAAGAAGAAAGUCCGUCCCCGCUCUGCUCAAAGCGAGAAGGCGGCUCAUUGCAGGGAGUUGAUCAGGGGUAAGAAAACGACCCGUAGCAAGAAAGGGACCGGGACCAAGGAGGUGACCCCGUUAGAGGAAGUGAUCACGAUCGACGAGGCGACCCAGACCGAAGAGGUGGCCGUGGCCGAAGAGGUGACCCAGACCGAGAGCAUGGCCCAGAUUGAGGAGAUGGUCCAGACCGAGGAAAUGGAAACAACUGGAGUUAGCGUGACCGUCACCCACAGCAAUGAGAGGUAUGACCUUCUUGUUACCCCACAGCAAGGUAGUAGUGAACCAUGUGUGCAAGACCUAGCUCAGCUUGUGGAAGAGGCCACGGGGGUUCCACUGCCUUUUCAGAAGCUCAUAUUUAAGGGAAAAUCUCUGAAAGAAAUGGAGACACCAUUGUCAGCACUUGGAAUACAAAAUGGUUGCCGAGUCAUGCUAAUUGGGGAAAAGAGCAAUCCAGAGGAAGAAGUUGAGUUAAAGAAGUUGAAAGAUUUGGAGGUAUCUGUAGAGAAGACAGCUUACCACUUGGAAGAUUUGAACAAAGAACUUUUUGGCAUCCAACAGGGUUUUCUGGCUAAGGAAUUGCAAGCAGAGGCUCUCUGCAAACUUGAUAGGAAAGUAAAGGCCACAAUUGAGCAGUUCAUGAAGAUCUUGGAAGAGAUUGACACAAUGGUCCUACCAGAAAAUUUUAAAGACAGCAGGCUAAAAAGGAAGAAUUUGGUAAAAAAGGUUCAGGUGUUCCUAGCUGAGUGCGACACGGUGGAGCAAUACAUCUGCCAAGAGACAGAGCGGCUGCAGUCUACGAACUUGGCGCUCGCUGAAUGAAGUGUGGGAGAGAGUGACUGUACUGGCCUGAAAAGCAGCUUCACGGCUCAGUCCUCUAUGGAACAGAAGCCGCUUGUUCCUCCAGCACUGCCAGAGGCAACUGGCUAAAUGUCAAUUUCCCUACUCCUCCAUCGGUUCUCAAUGAAGAAGCACUAUCUCUGCAACUCUGAAGUAGA